AUGUCGUCGCACGCCUGGCUGGACUCGUUGACCGAGGACUGGGUGUCGGAGCGUGGAUCCUCGCCCGCGCCUCUCUCCCUCGUCAGAUCGUCCAAGAAGGGCACACCGUCACCGUCGCCAAAGCUCACCCCGAGUCGCAUACCGCGUUGGAGGCAUCCUGGAGUGGUUCCGCGGGCGUCGCAGAAGAAGAGCAUGACCAUUCUAGAGGGCGACCGUAGCUCCGACGAAAACAACAAAUCCCCUAAGAAGCGCCUCCUGAAGUUUGUAAAGGAUCGCAAGCCGGCGCACAAGGGCUAUCUGGAGCGCUCAGUCUCCUCGACAACAACCGGCUCCGUCGUCGUGCAUAAGAAUGCCCGACAGCGAGCGCCUGCCACGCCGGGGAAAUCUGACACACCGGAAUGGAAGCGACGAUUGGUCCAGGGCAAACUUGAUUAUGGAGAGCAGCGCGACUUGUUCAGCUCAGCGGCCGUUGGCUUGCAGGACAUGUUUAAACCGCCGCCAUCAAGCGAAGCCGGCCUCGACUCGCCAUCCCCCAAUUUCGACUCUCCCUCUCCCAACUUCGAUUUUCCUCCUCCUGCACCGAGGCACCCGACGAUAAUCUUGGAGUCCACGGAGGAGCUCAAUGCUGAUGAGGAGGGAGGCAUGUUUUCGCCGAACGAGAUCACACCGAGUCCGAGCCCCAGGAGGCCGCAGCGAGAAAUAAAAUACAAGCUCAACGUUGAGGACGACCCCUCGGAUCUAUCCACUAUGAGCAACGAUGAGAAAUCCGAACAAGACGAAGGAACAUCCCAAGACGAUAGUUAUCUCGCAAUUCCCUCCUUGAUUGAUGGCGGAUCUAGAAAAGCGAGCGGCCAGAGCUACACGAAAAACGAAGACUUCAGCCCCAUCUUAAUCGGCAAGCGCAGUGACGAGGACGGAAAAGUCGAAUUUGCUCCGCUUGAAAUGCCCACGGAAGAAUUGCGAGAAAAGCUCGAGAGGCUUCAGCUCAAUCAAAUGAUUCUAGACCCGUCACACAAUGCUUCCGACAGUGCAGUGGACGUGAAGCCUACACAAAACGAAGCAGAAGAUGAUGAAUCCUCACUUAAAUACCAUUUCGAUACCUCCCAUGGGAGCGAUGAGUCGGCUGAGGGGUCCCUGCGACAUCAUACCCUGAGUCCUGAUUUGGGCGAGGAUUGGUCAGAAAUGCUGCCCGAGGACUCGAUGCAAGCAAGCACGCCCAAGCAAUUCCCCACCUUGCGGACCCAAGAUGCUGAUUCCAACUUGUUUGGCUCCUUUUUCGGCACCCCGAACCUGCCUCAAGCUCCAUUCCCAAGCCCUGAUAAAAAGCAGAUCCGCGAUCCUGGCAAUCGAUCCAACUCGAGUCCCUUGAAACUCUUUGGGCCGUAUGACACAUUUACCAACCAGACCUUGCUUCGGCGCAUUAGUCAAUUCGAAGAAGACAUGUCUGGUAGGAACUCACGAGAAUCCUCACCUUCCACACCUUCUAGCCGGGAACCCAGCCAGGAUGCAAGCAGGAAACGGUAUGUUAGUCAUUUUGGGGCUGGUGAAUUGGAAGGGUUCGAAUUCACAAGUGAAUUGUCUCACCUGGCGGGCCAACAUUCCAGCCUCCUUUCCAAGGAUGACAAGGAUGACAAUGAGGAAAAGUCGCCGUCAGAUCCUCCCUUGGCUGUCAAGGGAGCCUUAAAACUCGUUCCUCCACAAUCCUGGUUCCCUGAAGAUGCUUCAUUGUACGUUCGUAGGAGCCGUGGCAAGAGCAAAUCUCAGACUCCUUCGGUCAACACUGGUGCUGGAAACGAUUACAUGUCUAGUUCGCCUGAAAGUUCCCUCACCCCCCAGGAUGAGGCUUACGAUCUGUCCUGGGUCGCAAAGCGAGAUUAUGGAUCCGAAACCAAGCGACCCAGAGCGUCUCCUUCCAAGCACCCGACGCCAAAACGCCGCCGAACGCUCCACCGAUCCGAUGUUGCGUUUGGCAGCGAAAAGCGACUCCGCGCCCUGGGCAAACAACGAAAGCGGUCCCUGUCCGAGUACUCGGAUUCUGCCGACGACCAAGAUGAGGAAUAUGUGUCCAGACGCGGGUCCCAUUCUUCAGGUCACACUUCGAGGUCGCCCACAGAGGCCGUUUUCGGGGCCAAGGCACGUCGAUCAGCAGCGAGGUCAAUGCAAGAAGAAGCUGAGCCGGACACAACUGGCAAAGCUGCCGAACGCAAGCCUUCUAUAAGAACGCAAGAUUUUGUAGACCAGGCCGCUCAAAUCAUGGCCAUGAUUCGCAGCCAGGUUAGUCAACCAGGGCUGUCAAGCCUUGAAGAGUCUGAAUUGGAGAUCAAGGUGCCAUCGCAUAACGCUACACUGGAGGAGUCCGACAACUCUACGGCAGAGCCAUUCUCCCGACCGCCUAGUCGAGAUGGAAAGCCAAUCCCCAGACAGGCGCGACAGCAAGAGGACCCCGAGGUCGUAAAACGACUCAAGAAGUACCAGGAGCUGAGCGACAUGGGCGAUGUAAUUUCUUCAUCAGUGAGAUCCAUGAGCCUCGCAAAAGACGCAAUUCGCGCGGCCAAGGAGGUUGAACGUAUGGUUGAUCGAGCCAGCCGUACUCGGACCAAUGGCCAUGGCGGUGGCGGAUCGAAUUCUGAGUCGGCAAGCGAAACGACAAGUCCUGUUCAUGACUUGUUUUCCAGCACAUCUGGUCGCUCUACCAGCCAUCUGUUCCCCACCUCUUCGUCCAGAGGCUCCGAAUCACGCAAAGUCAUUGCUCCCGAGAGUGUUUCGCACCUGAUUCCGGACAAGAUUGGCGGCAUGUAUUUGGACAAGCAGAACAACAUUUGGAUAAGAAACAAAGAGUCCAAGGACUCCGUAACGUCCCAUGCCUCAGGAUCUGACGACAGCGAAGAAGAUCCAUUCGCAAACAUUCCCGAUUUGUCCGUGGAUAUGACGGAGGAGAUGCAGCAUCUGAAGCAAACUCCCCGAGGCCAGGGCGUGGCAAGCAACAAAGACAGCACCUCUCGCCCGAACUCUGCCCAAACACAUUCACUUAAGAGCUAUACUACUCUGGCGGCUUACGAGCCCCUCGAUCCUGAGGUAGCCGAGAGGGCUAGAGGGGAGAUUGAGAAGCUCGAUGCUCAACCUGGAGAUGGUUCCAAAACUGCAGAGGAGGCCGGCAAGGGUUUGCACGUUCUCAAGGCCAAGACAAGUAGCGAUGGAUUGUCUUCAAAGCGUCGUAAUAUUACGAUUUCCUUUACAUCCCCCAUUGCUUCGAUUAUUCUUGGCGUGCUGCCCGAGGAUAUAGAGGGUCUAGAGGACGAUCCAGUGCCGGGCGAGUCAUCCGAAUCGCCUCCUCUUCUCCAAGCUCAAUUCAGCGGCGCUAAAGGUGUUCAAGGCUCUCUACAAGCAAUCCGUGCUUCGUCGUUGUCUGGAUCCAAGUUUACACCCAGGCCAAUCUCACGGAUAGAGGAGCGGGAUGAAGAGAGUACCGUAGAGUUGUCGAAGGGCCAAAGUCAGAGUCAGAUCAGCUACCUUGGCGACAAUUCAAUGUUGAGCCUCAAGUCGCUGGAAGGGGGCUCAGGCUUUGGGUUCCUUACGGCUACUCCCAGCCCAGCGGCCCAUGGCGUCUCACUGAGGGCUGACGAUAGUCUACUGAUUGGCCGAAAUGUGGGAAAACUUUCGCUGAGCCCGCUCUCGGAAUUUACAGUAAAUCACGAGGACAAGUCGUUUGGGCUCGAAGUCAGCUACGUUAUGGGACCCAAGCGAUUGGCAACAGGCGAUGGCUCGAAGAAGGUGCUGUCCAUGACGAUACGAGACCUUGUGGAAAAGCUCUCCGAAGCCGAGCCGAACGAGCCGUUCUGGGAUGACAUGACUUCUCUCACUCUCCAAGACAAGCAGCUGACUAGCUUGCACAUGCUGAAUGAGUUUUGCUCCAAAAUCACGACAUUGGAUGUGUCGAAGAACUCGCUGGCGCAUCUUGAGGGUGUGCCUGAAUGUGUGCGACAGCUCAAGGUAUCCGACAACAUGCUGACGGAGCUCACCUCGUGGGACCAUCUCAUUCACCUGCAAUAUCUGGACAUUUCCAACAACGAAGUUAAGAGCUUAUCGGCGUUGAAGAGGCUCAUCCACUUGCGCAGCUUGCGCGCAGACAAUAACCUGCUAACAACUCUUGACGGACUGGACUCUCACGAUGGACUACUCACCUUGAGGGCACGCAACAAUCUAAUUGAAGAGCUUGAUUUUAACGGCAUUAGUUGGGAGCGCUUGACAGAACUCGACGUGGCCUCGAAUAGUAUUUCAUCGGUCCAGGGACUUGAGCUGCUGCCUGCGCUUUCCCAGCUGGACAUUUCUGACAACCAGCUUGAGUCGCUCGUGUUUGACAAGGCCAACAGGACGUUGCGGAAGCUUGACAUUAGCGACAACCACCUUGAAUCAUUGGAUAUUCGACACCUCAGCAGCUUGCAGACACUUCACGCCGACCGAAACUGUCUUAGCCACCUCUCCGGCUUCCGCUACGUUCGUCGGUUGGACAGCCUCUCCCUGCGCGAGCAGCAAGGUGAGGUCCCGCUCGAGUUAGAUUUCCUGACAACUGCCUGCGAGAUAAGGAAGCUGUUCUUGUCUGGAAACUACCUGGGAACAUUCGAGCUGAAGGCAGACUUUCUCAACCUGCAGCUGCUUGAGCUUGCAAGCUGCGGGUUGGAGGAAUUGCCUGAUGAGUGUGGCCAAAUGAUGCCCAACUUGCGUAUAUUGAAUCUCAAUUUCAAUGCCCUAAAGGACCUAUCGGCCUUGCGAUUCAUUCCGCGACUGAAGAAGCUGCUUGUGGCUGGUAAUCGGCUUUCGGACACAAUGGCAGUGACGGAGCUGUUGACCGACUUUCCUCAUCUCACAGAAUUAGAUCUGAGGGAUAAUCCCAUUACUCAGGGUUUCUAUCCUCCAGUCCAAAUGCUCAUCAGCCCCGAUAACAUGGGCAGCGCUGACUCCUUUAUGAUGCCGGAUGCGGACAUGGAGAGAGAUAAGACUUUUGCAAGGCGCCUGGAUGAGACUACAAAGCUACGUCGCCGUCUCCACGAAGUGGUUUACGUUGCUAGCUGCAAGCGCCUCCGCAGGUUGGAUGGCCGCGCCAUAAUUAGGGAGAAGACGCUGGCCAAAGACGUUUUGCUACAAAGACUCAUCGACGAUGGGCUUGUACCAGAUCUGGAGGACACAUUGAUUGCUGAGUCGGAAUCCGCACAGCAGCAAAAAGAAACGGCGCCAACACCUUCGCUCAGCACAAAUAGGGGGUUCGCUGGAGAAGCCGGCGGACGAGCGAGCCGCAGUCGGUGA